GCCAAUGUAACAGUCAACAAUACACAUCGUAAUCAAAAUUUUCAACUAAUUCAAUCUAUUGUUAAUCAACCACCUCCUUCUUUUAAUCCUAUUAAUCCUAUUAAUCCUAUUAAUCAACCCACCAAUACAAUUAAUACAAUUCGACAUUUGCAAUGUCGUGAACGUAAGAAAGCAUAUGUCACUAAUCUGGAAUCACGUGUCACUAGUCUUGAAGCAGAAAAUACUAAAUUACGUCAAGAGCUAACAACUUUACAUUCAAGACUACAAUAUUGUCCUGUGGAUGUACAGGAAAGUAUGAGAUUAUAUAUGUUGGUGGAAGAUUUGAAAGAAAAGUUAAAUG